AUGCAGUUUGUAGUGGAGGCUGGCCUUCCAGAUCCUCAACCCUAUCCCACAAGCUAUUAUGACGAACGAAAGGUACUAAAACUAAGCAAGGUUGUCGGCACAACUUCGGACGUCCGAGUUAUGCAGAUGGGAAUAAGGGACUAUCUGGACAGCAUCGUCCGGGCUUGCCCUGAUCAGCUGGAUCUCUUCUUCGAGCUUCGCACUUUGGGCUCAGCGAUAAACAUGAAGAUUUUGCGAUAUGAAAACAUGAGGCUGAUUCUUCAGGAGAUGUCUCAUUUGCUCUUCUAUUUGGCAGACAGUUGUGAUAGCAAGACGUGCCCGACCAUGCUUGCCACUGCAGAGUGGAAGUUUCUGUGCACAGUGCACUCCACAGACCCCCAGGAUUGUUGCGCAAUUAGUUAUUGUUCCCAUCUUCUAGAUUCGGGAGAGCCGAGCUUCGUGAAGAACUGCUCAGCUGACUUUUUGCCUCCUGGAAACAAGCAGAUGGUACAGGAGGCACAGAAAACAUACAGUUUCUUGGAGCGACGAUCAUACAGAAUCCUGGCUCAUGCAUAUUUUCACCAUAAGGACAUAUUUGUAGAGUUUGAGAAGAAAAGGUUUCUUUACCGCAGGUUUCUAAAGUAUCUGCAUCAGUGGGCUCCCAAGCAGCCGUCCCAGUUGGUGCCCUUCAUUGAGUCGGACGAAUUUUGA